AUGCUCUAUAUUGUUGGCCUUGGUCUGUCUGAUGAACACGACAUUACUGUCAAAGGACUCGAUGCUGUCAAAUCAUGCGAGCGCAUUUACCUAGAGGCAUACACUUCAAUCCUAAUGGUUGAAAAGGAGAAGCUCGAAGAGUUUUAUGGCAAGCCAGUGACAGUGGCUGAUCGUGAGAUGGUCGAAUCUGAUUCAGAUACAAUUCUUGCGAACGCUCAGAAUGUCAAUGUGGCUUUCUUAGUCGUCGGGGAUCCCUUUGGAGCCACGACUCAUACCGACCUUGUCAUCCGUGCAAAGGAGCUCAACAUCCCUGUUCAGAUCAUUCACAAUGCUUCAAUCAUGAAUGCCAUCGGCGCCUGUGGUCUACAACUCUACAACUUUGGUCAAACUAUUUCCAUGGUCUGGUUCACAGAGACUUGGCGUCCGGAUUCCUGGUACAGUAGAGUGAAGGAAAACAGAGAUAUUGGACUACAUACGCUCUGUCUCUUGGAUAUCAAAGUCAAAGAACAAUCAUUAGAAAACAUGGCUCGUGGAAGGUUGAUCUACGAGCCUCCCCGUUACAUGACAGUCAACACUUGUCUGGAACAGAUGCUCGAGGUGGAAGAAAAGAGGAAAGAGAAUGCUUAUGGACCAGACACUUUAGCGAUCGGAUGCGUGCGACUAGGCACCCCAACCCAAUUAUUUAUUUCCGGAACAAUGGAACAGCUCCUUGAAGUGGACUUUGGAGCUCCUCUGCACUCUUUGGUCUUGAUUGGACGUAGAAUGCACAUCAUGGAGGCAGAAAUGGUCAGAGCAUUUUGUCCAGAGAAA